UAUCUUUGAAUAAUAUGUUCUCCAACUACGUACUGUACAUGCGGAACCGAGCAAGGCCAAUUCCAAAGGGGCAAAGUACAACGGUAUUGUCUAUUUUGUUCGCUUUGUAUCGUGACACAAACAUUAUUUGAUGAACGAUUUUCAAAUCACCAAGAUGGGUAUCCGCGUUCUGGUAACAGCGAUAAUUAUAACACUCUGCCUAUUGAACUCCCGGCAAAUUUCUGCGUGGAGCGUGGUAGAGCUUGUCUCUCGACUAUCGUCGCCCAAGUCUCCCGUGGCCAAGCAGCCGAGCGCUCGGGACGUUCAGGAAAAUGCCGUGUUUACAAAUACAAGGCCUGCGCCUGGUGCUGCUGAAGUCGACAAAGGAAAAUUCAUAUUCGACCGUCUAAGUCUAAACAAGCAAAGCUCAAAUGACACCUGGACUGAGUUGAUCCUGACAAUACAGUGGCCGCAGAGCUUUUGCUUAGAUUAUAAUGACGGCCGUGAUUAUAAAGAAGCAGGAGAAUGUAAAGUUCCUGCAGGGAUCGAUGAUUGGACGAUUCAUGGCUUAUGGCCAUCUAAUCCUGGUAAACUAGGUCCUGAAAAUUGCAACAGUACAUGGAAGUUUGAUGUAACUAAAAUAUCAGACCUUGUAGCUGAGAUGAAUGCAAGUUGGCCAAACUGUAUUACAGAUGAGGCAUAUGAUAGCUUGUGGUCACAUGAAUGGGAUAAGCAUGGCACAUGUGCUUCGUUGCUACCAGCUCUCUAUGGAGAGCACAAUUACUUCCAAAAGACCCUCACUCUUAGGAAACAGUUUGACAUCAAAGGGAUGCUUGAAGCUAGUGCGAUUGUCCCUUCUAAAACAAAUAGCUAUGACUACCCAACGAUUUUUAAUGCUGUGAAGGGUGCGAUUGGUACAGAUCCUACUGUCACCUGUGUAUAUGAUCAUAAGACUCAACUCGUGUACCUAUCGCAAGUUGAAAUCUGUUUGGACAAACAGUUCAACCCGGUUAACUGCGUCGGACUUAACUCAAUGCGGAAAUCAAGCCUGGGGGAAGAGAGCUGUGCAAAUGAUAAGCUCAUUUUCUAUCCUCUUGUGAAUUGAGAGGCACCUUUUCACCCGUUCCACUGUUGCCUUACCAUGCAUGAACAGCCCUAUUGUGUCUAGUUUUCCCCUUGUCAUGAUGUUAAUCUAGAAUGAGACAUACAUUUAUGAACGUAUCUGUCUUCUACAGUCCACUUUUCAAUACAUCUUGCCUGAACUUUUAGAAUCAUGUCGAGCUUUUGUGUAAUUUAAAAGAAUCCAUUUUGCCUUUAGCUAUCGCAGUAAGCGAUCUUUGAGACUGUAAUGACUUUCUUUCAAGGUGUAUAUUUAUUACCUGCUCUUAUUGGAACUCAGUCAUGUGAUUGGUCAUGUGAUUUAGUAUUGUGUAAUCCAAUCAUGUGUUUAAGAGGUACCGGUAGUGAUACAGGAUAUGAAAAAGGGCUAGGAGGAGCCUUAAUAGAUUCAUGUACUUCCUGGAUACCAUUAUGUCAAAACAGUUAUGACACACAGGGGUACAUAUUUUAAUUUAUUAGCUAUUAUAUAUAUACGUAAUUCUGUGCAAUUCUAUGUGUGAUUAGGGUAUCUUAAUAUUUUGAUUAUCAUAUACUGCAAUUUGCUAUUUGAUUCAUAUAAGGUCUGGAAGAAUUCAUCAUGUGUUUAAGUAUUGUUUCCUGGUAUAGUAACUUUUCACAAACUUCUGACAUGUUCAUAUUACAAAAUGGGAGAGAGAGAGAGAGAGAGAGAGAAGGGGAAAGAGAGAAAGAAAUAGACGGAUAGCAAAUGAAAGAGGUUGAAUAAUAGUGAAGAGAGAGAGAGCGAGAGAGGGGUGGGGAAUGAGUAAUAUUUUAUUGUUUUAAUACUGUAAUUCUGACUUAAAAGUUAGAAUGUGUGAUUCUUUCAUGUUUAUUAUUCUCCUAAUCUUGGAGAAGGAAUGUGACAUUAAUGAUUUAGGAGCCUACAUGGAGAAAUUUAUAAAUUUAUGUACAAUUGUAUCAAGGGGUAAUUGACUAAUUUUUAUGCAAAUUAUUUUGUAAUGAUGAAAUAUAUGCUUAAAUCAUGCCUUCAUUUUCUAAGCAGAUAAUAAUAAAUAAAGUUCAGUUGCUCAUUGACAGUAGCUUUAUGAUUACAUGUAUGAAAUUUGGCAGAAAAAUCAUGUUCUCCAAAUAUAUAUUGAACUCUUACAUUCAACUGAAUGGCUUAGCUGCAACUGCCAGGAGAUUACACGAUUUUGAUCAAAAUAUUCAAGUACUUGUAUUCCUUCUCUGUGUUUACAUUAGUUUGAUAUAGUUUAUGAGAGCUCUAUUGCAGGGCAUUAAAAUGAAAUGCAAAGAUUAUGCUAAUAAACAAGGAAGUAUCUCUGAAUAUGUUUAUACACCUA